AUGCCUCAACAACCUAUGUUGUUCUGUGAGAUAUGUGAUGUAUGGGGCAUUGACUUUAUGGGACCGUUUCUCAACUCAAGUAGGUACCUAUAUAUCUUGUUAGCGGUGGACUACGUGUCAAAGUGGUUAGAAGCAAUACCUACUCGCCUUGAUGACACUAAUACCAUCAUUUCUUUUAUUAUGAAUAACAUUGUGUGCCGUUAUGGGUCACCACAAGCAAUCAUGAGCGACCAAGGAUCCCACUUUUGUAACAGGAAAGUAGAGGCACUGCUCAAGCGCUAUGAGGUAGUGCAUAAGGCUGCCACCGCUUAUCAUCCGCAAACCAACGGACAAGCAGAAGUGUCCAACUGGGAGAUUAAGAGAAUCUUAGAGAAAGUAGUCAAUCUGCAAAGGAAGGAUUGGAGCAUCCGGUUAGGGGAUGCACUAUGGGCGUAUAGAAUGGCCUACAAGACUCCGUUAGGGAUGAGUCCCUUCCGGAUCGUCUAUGGUAAGGCAUGCCACCUUCCGGUGGAAAUUGAGCACAGAGCUUAUUGGGCAGUAAAGCGGUGCAACAUGGAUUUGACCCUAGCAGGAGUAGCCAAAAAAUUACAGCUAGAGGAGCUCGAGUGUUUGAGGAACGAAGCGUAUGAGAAUGCCCGGAUUUACAAGCAAAAGACAAAGGCAUUCCAUGACCAUCACAUCCGGAAGAAGGAUUUCCAAGAUGGUGAUGAGGUUCUCCUCUACAAUUCGAGGCUUCGUUUCAUGCCUGGCAAGCUCCGCUCUAGAUGGGAAGGACUUUUCAAGGUGAAGGAGAUAAAGCCCUAUGGAGUAGUGGAAUUGUUUGAUCCUAAAAGUGAAGCAACUUUCAAGGUGAAUGGACAUAGAGUGAAGAAGUACCAUGGCUACAAGCUCCCAAAAGAGCAAGAGGUGUUCCUAUUGGAGGAUGCACCUAGAGAACGAGAAACUUGA